AAAUUACAUAGUUUCUUGCCCUGUAUACACCUUGAGGUGAGCACAAAAUUAAAAUAAAUUGCAACCAUGAGGGAAAUCGUGCACAUCCAGGCCGGUCAAUGUGGCAACCAGAUCGGUGCCAAGUUCUGGGAAGUCAUAAGUGAUGAGCACGGCAUCAACCCCACCGGCACCUACCAUGGCGAUAGCGACCUGCAGCUGGACCGCAUCUCUGUGUACUACAAUGAAGCCACAGGUGGCAAGUAUGUUCCUCGUGCGAUCUUGGUGGAUCUAGAACCUGGAACCAUGGACUCUGUUCGCUCAGGUCCUUUUGGUCAGAUUUUCAGACCAGACAACUUUGUUUUUGGUCAAUCCGGGGCAGGCAACAAUUGGGCCAAGGGCCAUUAUACAGAGGGGGCAGAGCUGGUUGACUCGGUGUUGGAUGUGGUGUGGAAGGAGGCUGAGAGCUGUGACUGCCUGCAGGGCUUCCAGCUGACGCAUUCCCUUGGCGGGGGCACGGGCUCUGGAAUGGGCACCCUGCUCAUUAGCAAGGUCCGUGAAGAAUACCCCGACCGCAUCAUGAACACCUUCAGUGUGGUGCCCUCACCCAAAGUCUCUGAUACCGUGGUUGAGCCCUAUAACGCCACCCUGUCGGUCCAUCAGUUAGUAGAGAACACUGAUGAGACCUACUGCAUUGACAACGAGGCGCUUUCCGACAUCUGUUUCCGCACCCUGAAGCUGACCAUGACCACGCCAACUUACGGGGACCUGAGCCAUCUCGUCUCAGCCACCAUGAGCGGUGUCACCACCUGUCUCCGCUUCCCCGGCCAGCUCAAUGCUGACCUCCGCAAACUGGCGGUCAAUAUGGUGCCCUUCCCCCGUCUCCACUUCUUCAUGCCCAGCUUCGCCCCUCUAACAAGCCGAGGCAGCCAGCAGUACCGGGCCCUCACCGUGCCCGAACUCACCCAGCAGGUCUUCGAUGCCAAGAACAUGAUGGCUGCGUGUGACCCCCGCCACGGCCGCUACCUCACCGUGGCUGCUGUGUUCCGCGGCCGGAUUUCCAUGAAGGAGGUCAAUGAGCAGAUGCUGAAUGUGCAGAACAAGAAUAGCAGCUACUUCGUGGAAUGGAUCCCCAACAACGUCAAGACCGCCGUCUGUGACAUCCCGCCCCGCGGCCUCAAGAUGGCAGUAACCUUCAUCGGCAACAGCACCGCCAUCCAGGAGCUGUUCAAGCGCAUCUCGGAGCAGUUCACGGCCAUGUUCCACCGGAAGGCCUUCCUCCACUGGUACACGGGCGAGGGCAUGGACAAGAUGAAGUUCACCGAGGCCGAGAGCAACAUGAACGACCUCGUCGCCGAGUACCAGCAGUACCAGGAUACCACGGCUGAAGAGGAGGAGGAUUUCGGAGAGGAGGCAGAAGAGGAGGCCUAAGUGCAGAGCCCCACUGCCCCAGGCUUCUCAGUUCCCUCAGCUUCUUCCUCAACGACCCUGUUCCUUUCCCUCCGAUUUUUUGCUUUUCCUGCUUCCAUCUUUUUUUUUUUUUGUUCCUUUUUUUUCCCUGUUUCUUUUAGGGGGAGUUCAAACACUGCCUGGCACAUGAUAGGCGCUCAAUAAAUACUUGUUGUUGAAUGUC